AAAGGAAAACUUUUGACAAGUAGUUAGACAGUAUGAUUAUUUUGAGUUUUUAGCCCUUAAGCUCCAUUUACCCAUUCACUAAGGACUCUCCCACGGGCUCCCUCUGGCGGUUUUUAGUCAUUUUUGAUCUAACGGGGGAAAUAGGAAAUGGGUAGGCUCUCCAUAACCCGGCUCUGUAGAAACCUCCACAGAACAGCGUGACUUUAUCAUGGAGCCGGACAGUCCAGUUUAAAGGCCGUGAGAGACAUUAAUUCACCCCUCUGUCUAACAUGCUGAGGUUCGCUGCCGUGUUUAAAAUCGCGGACGUGUGUUAGUUAUCAGGGCUCGAGUGGGAGGAGGAGAUCAUGUCGAGCUGACCUGAUUAAUGGACAGGUGUGGUGGUGCAAGGCCUGUCAGGUGAAGAAUAAUAUCAGCUGGAAUAAUGCAGCAGAAACGGAAUAUCCGGAUUAUAGAAUGGGAGGACCUGGACAAAAGGAAGUUUUACUCCCUUGGUGUAUUCAUGACCUUGACAACUCGUGCUACUGUUUACCCCUUCACCCUAAUCCGAACUCGACUUCAGAUUCAGAAGGGAAAGUCGCUCUACAACGGCACUUUUGAUGCCUUUUGUAAGAUCCUGAAAGCAGAAGGGAUGCAGGGACUGUAUCGGGGCUUUAUGGUCAACACCUUCACACUGAUCUCAGGGCAAGCCUACAUCACCACAUAUGAGCUGGUGAGAAAGUACGUGUCUCAGUAUUCCUCCAGCAACACUCUUAAGUCACUGGUUGCUGGGGGCUCAGCUUCACUGGUGGCCCAAAGCAUCACUGUUCCCAUUGACGUUGUCUCCCAGCAGCUCAUGAUGCAAGGCCAGGGAGAACAUCUCACACGCUUUAAGCUCAAGUCCAAGAUGGUGGUGGCCACAUCUAAACAUAAAGUGACUUUCGGACAGACCAAGGACAUUAUGGUGCAGAUAUUUGCAGCAGAUGGUUUUCAGGGGUUUUAUCGUGGAUAUGUGGCCUCACUCCUCACCUACAUCCCCAACAGUGCCUUGUGGUGGCCUUUUUAUCACUUUUAUGCAGAGCAGCUAUCCAGGCUGGCUCCCUCUAACUGCCCUCAUCUGCUUCUGCAGGCUGUGGCUGGGCCCAUGGCUGCAGCCACUGCCUCCACCAUUACAAACCCUAUGGAUGUAGUGAGAGCCAGAGUACAGGUUGAAGGCCGCUCAUCUGUGAUUGAGACGUUUAAGCAGCUCUUGGCAGAGGAGGGAAUGUGGGGGCUGACGAAGGGUCUGUCUGCACGCAUCAUCUCCUCGACUCCAACCUCCAUCCUUAUCGUCAUUGGCUACGAGACACUGAAAAGGCUCAGUCUGAGGCCUGAGCUGGUUCACACCAGACACUGGUGAUAUGCAGAGCCCAGGAGUGGAUUCUGAAACACAGUCCAGGACAACUUUACCUCAGAGCUGAGCUUUAUGGACUGGACCUCUCUUUUUAGGCCUCUUUGCCUUUUAAACAGUUGCCUUUUGGGAUAUUUUAACGUGUGGUCAGGCUGCAUGGAUUUUAAAACAGGGAUUUUGGAAAGAGGACCAGGAGAAAUUUGUGCAGUGCUAAUAUUUUUUUCUGGAUUAUGUAGAGAUAUGUAUUUUAUAAUUUUUUUAGCUUGGAUGUUAUGGCCUGAUUGUGUGUGUGUGUGUGUGUGUGUAAUGGUGCUUCAUAGUGGACCCAUCCAAAACCAGCAUUUCCAGCUACACUACACUAAAUUUAACAGUCAGUUUUUAAAUCUGGUAAGAAUUAAAACUGUAUUCAUGCACACUAGUCAGGCCACAAAAUCUAUAUGGCUCCACUUUUGCAUUUACACAUGCUGUUUAAAUGUCACAGGGUCUCUGCUUGUCAGAUAACAUCUUUCCUUUCCAUAGAAGCAUCUAAGCUGGCCUGGGCACAGUAAAUGCAUUUAUAUGCCCAUACGUAAUCAGAUUACUGCAGUUCUCAUUAUUCAUGUAGUCAUGUAAGCACCAUUUUUAAGGUCCAAAAGGAAUGUAAGAAAUGUAAUUUCUUAUUUGUUUAUACUAUUCAGCAAAGUAUUCUCAGAUUUCUCACUUUGCUUGUGCAUAAAAAAGACAGAAACAUUUUCGGAGUUGCACUGAUCAAAGUAUUUAAAUAAACUUAAUUUUCUUGCUGAUGUAUGUUCAUAUUGCAAGAUAAUGUUUUAAAGAAAAAGGCAUAGUAUGAAAUGAAGGAUGUUCAGAUUGAACCUUAUUGGAUUAUGGUUGCAACUUUAUUAGUUUAGUGGCUAGUUGCAAAACAAAAAAAAUCAUUUUUGCCUGACUCAUGUAAGUUUGAGUUUUCUUAUCUGAUUUGCAAUGUUCAUGCAAAGCACUGAUCGAAUUACUCACCAUCUGUAAUGUUCGUGCAGUAAUCAAAUUAUGAAGUGUAUAUAAACACACUAAUUGAUAUUAUCAAGGCCCCUGAAAAGUGCUAAGCAAUUCUUUUUCUAUGGAAUGGACCUAAGCACAGAAGAUGCUAAGGCUGGUGAAACUCAUCCUCAAAAGACCACCAGCAAAUACUUUUCCACCUCAGCAAGCUGUAGAGUUGAUCAGCAACAUGUUUUAAACAGUAUUCACAGCACGAGUACCCAUCUGGGAUUAAUACUUUUGUUUUUCAUCCUUGUGCCAUAAUUUCAUUUAUUUGAAUAUUAUUAUUAAUAUUAUGUGAACUCCACUUGUGUACAAUUUUAUUUACGUGUCUUAUCUUUAAAACAGUUGAGGCCAUAAGUUUGCAUACACAGCUCAUGGACAUGAAUGCCAAAAUGGCAAUACUUGACUUUUAAAGACUUAUUUGGACUGUUCAUUUCUAGGGCAGAAUGAAUGGAUGCACAACUUACUUCUUCAAUAGAAAAAAAUAUAUAAUUUGGUGCUGUUGCUUUAACAUAAAACGAGUUGCUUGACAGCAGUUAUUGGAUUGACCCACACACUGUAUAAUGGGAAAGUCUAAUGAGCUCAGUGCUGAUAUACGAAAGAUGACUGUACAUUGUAGUGGUAUAUGGGCGCCAUUCCCAAACAGCUGCAGAUUCCAAAAUCAACAGCUUAAUCAGUAGUGCCGAAAUGCACAAUAUUAAGAAGCAAAGCAAGAUUGUCUUGAAGACCCAACGUGUUACCCUGUAAGUAUGAAAUUGGUUUAAAUGGUCAGAACCAACCCAAGAAUCAAUAAAUGUGUGCCACAAGCUGAAGUUCUAGAACACCAGUGUUACUUCGAGAAUGGUAUUCCCAAAGUUCUGACUUCAACUUGGUCAAAAAUUUUUGCACUGUGCUUAAAAGUCAGCUUUAUACCAGUAAAAUAAAUAAUUUAGCCAACUGUAGUUCUCCCAGAAGCUUUUUGAUGGCUAUCAAAAAAGCAUCUUGUCAAGGUGCAGCUUGAUAAGGGACAUUUUGGCACUGUUUGUAUAUGUUUUACUUUUCUUUCUAUUAAAGAUACAUGUUGCAUGUUCAUUCAGCCCAGGAAAGGCAAAAGUUCUGAAAAGUCACCAAAAAGGUGAUCUUGCCAUGAUGAAUAUAUGUAAACAGUUUACUGCAACUGUAACCCUGUUUAGAACUGGUAAUUUGAUGCUAUUGUAUCCUGAUUAGGGUUAAAAAAACGGUAGUCACACUGAAUCCAGAUUACUGAUGUGAUUUGUAUUUGUUUAAAAUGUGUCAUGGGUGUGUUUUAAUUUUGCAUUUUCAUGUCGCUUAAUUCUGAUGCUGAAAAAGCAUUAAGUUAGCAGAUGUGAACAGGGUCUAAAUAAAUAUCCUCAAAAUCAGAAUUUCCCCUGCACAUUGGGACCUUGCUCAUAGAUAACUGUGGAUGGAGAUUACAGUGAACGUAUUGUCAAAUCAAUGGGUAUUGAGCAAUAAGUGGAGUCAAUAGUGAAAUAGUUGCACACAUGGUCCAAUUAACUGUUUUUUCUUCACUGUGUGAACAGCUGGCCAUGGAUAAAUGUGUACAGGCAGUUGUUUUGUCUGUUCACAGCCAAGUCUGUUUGUGUUCCUUAUUUCAAGAGGCCUUGUGUUAUAUGUAAAAGAGCUAAUGUGUGCUGGGGCCAAAGUUAGGUUUUACACUUAAAAUCAUGUUUUGUAAAUGUGAAAUCCUUUAUUUUGUAGAAAACAGUAAAUCUAUGCGUUGUAGGUCUGUGAAUGUUGUUGUGUUUCUAACCUAAAUGAAUGUGUGUGUCUGGAACUCAUUAAAUGAACAGAAGUUCAUUAA